UGAUUGAGGAAGGCUCUGUUUUUGUGCUCUGUUUGUGGAAGCUUGAUAAAAUGCCAGGUCUCUGCAGCCUCUGGGGAGAGCCCAACUUCUCUAUGAUGCGAUCGAUCACGCUUCAUCCUCAUUAAUACAAUACGCUGGCUUCAGGAGCGAAAGGGGUGAUUGCCGUCUGCUUGAUAUUCCUCCUUCAGUGAUCUUAUUGUGGACAAGGGGAUUGUAAGAGAGCACUGUUAGACGUAUUCUUGCUGGAGCUUCCUUAUCCCACAUUUGCAUUUGAUCGUUAAGGUGAUCCAGUGGGAAUAUCAGACCUCCAUGUACGACAACUUGUACCUGCAUGGAUUUGAAGACUCAGAGGCGGGUUCCGCCGAUUCCUACACUAGCAGACCAUCCGACUCAGAUGUCUCUCUGGAUGAGGAGCAGGGCGGCCGCCAGGAGAAAGAACAGCAGGCCACUGUUCAGCUGGAGAGGGCAAAGGCCAAAGCAGUGGCCUUUGCCGUGAGGACAAACGUCAGCUACUGUGGUGCCCUGGAUGAGGAUGUUCCUGUUGCUGGCACUGCCAUUUCCUUUGAUGCUAAAGACUUUCUUCACAUCAAGGAGAAGUACAAUAAUGACUGGUGGAUUGGGCGACUGGUGAAGGAAGGCUGUGAUAUCGGUUUCAUCCCCAGUCCCUUAAAACUAGAGAACAUUCGCUUACAGCAAGAGCAAAAAAGGGGCCGCUUUCAUGGGAAGUCCAGUGGGAACUCUUCUUCCAGUCUGGGUGAAAUGGUGUCAGGCACCUUCAAGCCCAACCCUGCUUCAGCAGGUAAACAGAAACAGAAAGUGGCCGAGCACAUUCCUCCAUACGAUGUGGUCCCUUCCAUAAGGCCAGUGGUCUUAGUUGGCCCAUCACUUAAGGGAUAUGAGGUGACAGAUAUGAUGCAGAAAGCGCUCUUUGACUUCCUGAAACACAGGUUUGAAGGCAGGAUAUCAAUCACAAGAGUAACCGCAGACAUCUCUUUGGCCAAGAGAUCUGUGCUGAAUAACCCUAGUAAGAGAGUCAUUAUUGAGAGAUCCAACACCAGAUCCAACCUGGCGGAGGUUCAGAGUGAAAUCGAGCGAAUUUUUGAAUUGGCCAGAUCCCUUCAGCUGGUUGUGCUGGAUGCUGACACGAUCAACCAUCCAGCCCAGCUCAUCAAGACUUCUUUAGCUCCCAUUAUUGUCCAUGUCAAAGUGUCUUCUCCCAAGGUAUUGCAACGGCUGAUCAAAUCACGAGGGAAGUCUCAAAGCAAGCAUUUAAAUGUACAACUGGUGGCAGCAGACAAACUAGCUCAGUGUCCUCCAGAAAUGUUUGAUGUAAUUUUGGAUGAGAACCAGCUCGAGGAUGCAUGUGAACAUCUGACCGAGUAUCUGGAGGCCUACUGGCGUGCAACUCACACUUCUCUCAGCACUCCUCUGAACCCUCUUCUGGGCCGCAACCUGGGCUCCACUGCACUCUCACCAUACCCCACAGCCAUCUCUGGACUACAGAGCCAAAGAAAUAAAAACAGCAAUCACAUCAGCGACAACUCUCCAAUGGAGCGGCGCAGCUUGAUGACGUCUGAUGAGAACUACCACAACAACGAGCGGCAAAAGAAGAGUCAUAACCGCCUGUCCUCCAGCUCCCAGCAAAGUCGAGACCACUACCCUCUGGUAGAGGAGGAGUACCAUGAUCCCUAUCAAGACACGUACAAACCUCACCGCAACCGGGGCUCCCCCGGGGGCUACAGUAACGACUCGCGGCACAGACUCUGAACAUCCAGUCCACUACAGCCAGAGCUAUGAGAUCAAUUUCAUGUAAUUGUGUAAACCCUUUCUGAAAAUGCAGUGCAUUGCUUUCACUCUUGACACAGGUCCCCAUAUAUGGGUCAUCUUAACUGAAAGAUAAAUCCGAGCACCCGGUCCAUUUAUGUAAGGCGGUUGUUUGCAGCCCUUGUGCAUCUCUUGUCAGGCAGUUGGAGUUGCUGAUUUUAUCUGCAAUGGUUGAGAUAAGUAGCUCUUUUGGAGGAGUGACAACUAUAGUACCUUCUGGUCCAUCCAGUUUCUCCUUGUAGAGGCCUAAGCCCUGCGAUUAAUUGCUAACCUAAAAGUCCUGCACUGUCUAUAUUUGCAGGACGUUUUGUGAUGGCAUGCUAAUUUUCACCCUGAACUAGUCCCAGCAUGCAGAAAUGCUCAACAGUGCCAAGACCCAAUCAGCACAGAGCCUUUUUGCACAAUUUCAGUAGCCAAUGGAAGUGUCAUGCAUUCACCGUUUUGUUUCUUCCUGUUUUAGUAUUUAUGUUAGAUGGUCUCUUAUUUUGCCCAAACAGCCUCAGGUACGAAACGGGAAUGCUUCAUAGGUGCCAAAAUCCAAGAGGUUUCUUUUCCAACAGUCUAUUUUCAUAAUGAUCUCUGCAGACAGUGUCAACAGACACAUACAAAGGAUAACAUAUUAUCCUUUUUUACGUACACCAUAAUGCCUAUAGUUCACUCAGCGCUUUGCCCAGGCCUAAAAGUGGGAUGUUGUUGCAAAAAAUUACGCCAGAGCACCAGUAUCAGGUAGAUUUGAUCAUUUAAAAUGACUCCAUUACUUAGUAAUAGUAAAUAAAUGAAUCUCAUGAAACCCUACAAGAUUUAAAGAUUAUAUUUCACCCAAAAAGUCAUAUAAAUAUAAACAAUAUAAAUACAGUAAAGCCUGUUUUAGGACCAUUAAGACUCAAAUUGUGACAUUAUUUAAAAAAAAAAAAAGAAAUUAAUCAUCCCCUUCUCUAUUUUAAUAGCUGCAAUAAAAAACUAAGAUUUUUUUUGUUUGUUUACAUUGUAAAUAAUUAUGCAUCAUGAUGGUGUUUGUUAAAUUUGAAUAAUUACAUUAAAUAGUAUUAAUCAGUAAAAUGGGUUAAAAAUACAUAUGGAAAUUCAUAAGAAUUAAAAGGGUCAGUUGGGCUUAAUUAUCAUUAAAAUAGUAUUAUAAUAAAAAUUAAAAACUUGUCCAAAUCAACUAUAUUUUCUUUAUGCUAUAUAUGUAUUUUAUUUUAUUUAUUUACUUUUGUUAUUUUUGGUGAAAUGUGACCUGAGCAUGUUUUGUGAGAUUUUUAGGGGUUUUGUUGAGCUCAUAUGACACUCUUGAUAGAAACAGCGCAGUAGCCUGUGUCAUUGAAAUAUAUGGCAGCUGAGUGGAAAUCCAUUCUGUCACUGAGGGAGUGUUUACACGACACAACUUUGAACAAAAAAUGAUAAUCUUAAUAAUAGGUUAAAAAUAGGAAUUGUUAAGCAUGUUGGCCUUUUAUUUACAAAAAAAGGCCCUGAAAAUGCAAACUUUUGAAAUCAAAGUGGAAGUUUUUUAAAAACUUUACUAUUAUCACAUCUGUGUAAGCUAUAAAAAAAAACAUGAAUUUGUUAUAAUGGUGAUGCUCAAGAGUAUUACAUGUUUGCACAGUGUUCCUCUACAAAGUGAGAUUGCCAACUACUGGCCUGGCAUGCAUAAUACAGCAUUUUUUGUUAUUUUAGCAAAUUCAUGUGAACAGGGAUCAUUUCAAUAAUGUUGUCGUCUGUAGUACACAAAACAUUUUCAAAAAUGCAAAACCUUUCUGUUUUUAGUACACUCUUGUCGUGUAAACCUUCCCGUAGUCAGGUCUGUGGAUCACCAUAAAGUUAAUCUGUUCUAAUAAGCUUUAUGAAACAAGUAAUUGAUUAUUAUGACUACUAGUCUUGAACUAUUAAGUGUAUGCCUGACCUAAAGUAUAGUUAGUUACUGGUUGCCGUAGCAGAUACACUACGUAUUGGGAUUAAAAUUAGAUGUUAGACUAAGAUACAACAUAAAAACUAUAAAAGGAAAAAUGCAUUUUUUAUUUUUUAUUCAUUUUUUUAGUUGUUUUCAUCAAGCCUGUUUUCAAAAGCUGUUCACACACACUGUGCUCAGAUGAACAAAUCAGGUGUCAUUCUUGCCUUUGCAUGUGCAAAACUACUUUUUUCUGCUGGCUUACAUGAUAAUGACAAAAAAGCAUAACAUUUUUUCUACUGUAUUAGAUAUUUCUUCAACUCCAUUGUCAUUUAUUCAAUGAAAAAUGCUUAAUGAUGCUUGAUGAACAGUCCAGACAGUGCUUGAAUCGAUGUUAGCACAGUUAUUUAAAAGUUGUCUGGAUCUUGACAUUUGCAUUUUUCUCAACUCAUUUCUUGGUACGGCAAAUCGCAACAAUUCCGCAAUCUGACUUGAUUGCCUUAAUUGUGUUGUGUUGUACAGUUUUU